ACUUCCUACACCAAUACUGCAAUCAAAUGACGGCAACACCAAGCUCACCGACGUCACUCAAGGUGCAUAGCCAAUCAGCUGUUGCGAAAGAAGAGGGGGCUUGUUUUUGAAAAGACGCGCUCGUCUUGGGAGAAAAAGUAGCGGUGGCUGUAACGUUACUUGCUAACAAGCCGCAAUUGCAAAUGUGAGACAUUAGAGUCUAAGAUCAAUACACAAUAAGAAGAGUCAUGGACGUGUGCAGCCAUGUCAAAGUGGUUGUUCGUGUGCGGCCAACUAACGACAAUGAGAAGUGCGAGAACUUCAGGAAUGUGGUCCAAGUUGUGGACAACCACAUGCUAAUAUUUGACCCCAAGGAACAGCAAAUGACAUCUUUCGGGGGACCAAGAGUUCGAAACAGAGAUGUCAACAAGAGAGCCAAUAAGGACCUGAAAUUUGUCUUUGAUAAUGUUUUUGGGGAGGAUUCUUCUCAGGUGGAUAUCUUUGAGAACACCACUAAAAGGAUACUUGAUGGAGUGUUGAAUGGCUUUAACUGUACAGUCUUUGCUUAUGGCGCAACAGGAGCAGGCAAGACACACACCAUGUUGGGCUCAAGCAAUGACCCGGGUGUGAUGUAUCGCACCAUGACGGAGCUCUUCAGCCGUAUGGAUCAAGUCAAGGAAGAGAAAAUAUUUGAUGUAGCAUUUUCUUAUCUUGAGGUCUAUAAUGAGCAGAUCCGGGACCUCUUGGCUAAUGUGGGCCCUCUUGCAGUGAGGGAGGACCCCUCGAAAGGAGUGGUUAUCCAAGGCCUUACUCUGCACCAGCCUAAGUCUGCUGAGCACAUCCUUGAAGCUUUGGAUUAUGGCAAUCGGAAUAGAACGCAGCACCCCACUGACAUGAAUGCCACCUCGUCACGGUCCCAUGCUGUAUUUCAGAUUUACUUGAAGCAACAGGACAGGACGGCUAGCCUUAAUCCAAAUGUCCGUGUGGCCAAAAUGAGCCUGAUUGACCUCGCUGGCUCCGAGCGAGCAAGUGCCACCAAUGCAAAGGGAGCACGUCAACGGGAAGGCGCUAACAUCAACCGUUCACUCCUUGCCCUGGGAAAUGUCAUCAACGCUCUGGCUGACCCUAAGCAGAGUAAGAAAGCCCACAUACCAUACAGGGACAGCAAGCUAACACGACUCCUUAAAGAUUCUCUUGGCGGGAACUGCAGGACGGUCAUGAUCGCCAACAUUAGCCCCUCCUCCAAAUCUUAUGACGACACCCACAACACACUGAAAUACGCCAACCGGGCCAAAGAGAUCAAAUCAUCGCUCAAGAGGAAUGUUGUCAGCUUGGACAGUCACAUCGGCCAGUAUGCAGUGAUAUGUGAGAGGCAGCGAGAAGAGAUCGUUCAAUUGAAGAAGAAGUUGAAAGAAUAUGAGGAGAGGAAGAUGGACCCUCUCGUUCCUGGAGGCUCUAAUACCAUCUCCAGUCAGAACCAAACAGAGAUUCACAAGGUGUCAGAGUCCCUACAGAGCAUUUUCUCCAGCCGCACUCAGAUCAGGAGGGAGCACCUUGUUCUGGAGCGCCAGCUGAAGGAGAACGAGUUACGUCAGCGCCACAGCGAGGAGUGCAACCAGCAGGCCCAGCUCUUCAGUGCCAAAGACAAGACUGAGAAGGCCACCUGCAAGCACGAGCGCAAGCUGGCUUCCCUGCUCACACAGCAGCAGCACAUCCGCAAGAGGCUGGAGGAGGCUGAGCUGCGCUUCCUUGAGAACAACGGCUUGCUGCACCGCGUGGAGAAUGACAUGAAGCUACUGGGACAGGACUCCCAGCCACCAGUGGUACUCCAGAAGGACCUUCACUGCCACAGGCUCCAGCUACAGGUAGAGGACCUCAAGCAGCACAUUGAGCAAAUGACCCACCUCAUCGGCAUCCAGGACCAGGAGAACAAACAGACUAAAAAAAUGGUGCAUAUGCUGCUGCCUGCCUACAGCAGACAGUAUUGGACGCUGAGGGGGUCGGGCCUGGUCACAGCUGCCGACGAGGCUGAGAACCAGGACCUGGAGCACCUGGUCCUCAGGGAGAGGGGUGUGGUGUGGGCCGAUCAGGAGAAGGCCGGGGAACAGAAGGACGAGGAGACCCAGGCUGAGGUUUCCAGGCUUAGGCCAGAGCUCGUACCUAUCCUGUCAUUUUCACACCUCAUCUGUCCCCAUCAAAACAGUCCCUGCAGUAGUGCUGAGAAACAUAAGAGGAGAGUCUCGCUGCGCCUUCAACCCAAUCCAUCAUCGAAAGGCCCAUCGGCCCAGGUGACAGUGAUGGAACCAAUUCCCAAGAAACCUACCAGGAGGAAGCUGGCAGUGUCUCCACCAAACCCUGGGAGUGUUGUCUCCGCGUCAGCGCAGGUUCCCAUGGUCCUCCAGGAGGUUUUAAGACAGGAGGGGAUGUUUCCACUGCUCUACACUCCAGAGGCCAGCAGUACACUCAACAGGCCUUCACUCCUGCCUCUCCAGCACUCUGCAGUCAAUGACCCCAACAUGACAUUUGACAUUGAAGAUGGAGACAAUGAAGCAGAUCUUGCCAACGCUACCGCCAUCCUUUACCAAUGUAGCCCCAAUCAUCAGGCUGAGACUUCGUGCCCCUUGAGUCCAAGCCAACAGCAGGCUCCCCGAGCCAAUGACAUGAGCAAACCCCCCAAAAGACUGGAGAUACCGUCUCUGUUAGACAUCCGACGUGGCAAGACCUACAUGGCCAUGACUUCGGCUGCGCAGGGCAAACGCAAAAUAAACUGCAGCAGCAGAGAGCAGGAAAUCAUUUCAGCACCCAAGCGCAUAAAGCAGGACCCCACAGUAGUAGCAAGCAGACCACUAAGAGUGCGUCGUUUUGCUGGGUCAGAGGAGAACGAGCCCAGAAGAGUUAUGAGGAGUGUUUCUGAGGGGAAUCUUCACCUCAUGGAUGUUCAGAGAAAAAAGUCCAUAUUCUAUAAAACCUCCCAGAAAUUCAAGAGUGUGACAAAGAGGAUGUGAGACCUGCUUUUGACCAGAUGUUGCUGAUGUCGUGUAGAUAUUGGGGAAUUGUGUGUAGCUAUGGAGAGAGAAAUUAAGUCCUAUGGAUUUCUUGAAUCGUUUUUGCUUGAAUUGUGUAUGAUUCUGAAGUUGUUCUUAGUUUUAUUUUAGUUUGUAGAAUUAAUGUUUUUACAUGAUUUUCUACAUUAAUAUUUGUUGUACCAAUAAUUUGUUAUUUAGUAAUAAAAUGUUUAACUACUAA